GGCGUACAAUGGUUUGGGACCCAUUGCUCUCUGGGAUGUCAUGCUUUUGCUUGACUUUUCUUCAUCAGAACCUGAGAUCAGACCAUAUGAUUCCUCUGCGUUUAACUCAACCAGUAUUAGAGAACAAACUAACUAUACAAUGAAUGGUAACAUUCAUCCAAUUGAUCCCAAUAUACUAACUAAUCAAAGACAUGAUCCCUUGACUGUGGAGGUAAGAACUCUAUCCACUGAUCAUACGGUUGGAUCAACUCUUGAACUAGAGUGUAGAGUACGCGGUAUGUAUACCACAAUCAACUGGUUCUUCAACAGUGACACACCAUUGGUGUCAGACAACAGACACUAUCGCAUACUUCACAACAAUACGCUAAUAGUGUAUGAUUUGACAACAAAUGAUUCGGGAGACUACCGGUGC